AUGGCAGAUCUUGCGAAGACUCCCUUUGUACGGGAGCUCGCCUCAAGCGACAAAAAAAUCCGCGACAAAGCCACCGACUCUCUCAUCCUCUUCCUUCAAUCUAAGACCAACCUCUCCCUCCUCGAGCUUCUCAAACUUUGGAAAGGCUUGUUUUUCUGCUUCUACCACUCCGACCGCCCCCUUACGCAACAAGCCCUCGCCCGCAACCUCUCCUAUACGCUCGUUCCCUCUCUGCCUCGAACAACAGUGCAUCAGUUCCUCCGCGCAUUCUGGAUAACCAUUGGGCGCGAGUUCCACUCUAUCGAUCGCCUCCGUUUAGACAAAUACCUACUUUUGAUUCGCUCGUAUGUUGGCGUUGCGUUCCAGAUCUUCUUGAAGAACCCCAGCUCGGCCUCCACUACCACAAACGGUACUGGUACCGGUACCGACACCGUUAACAAGAAGCGCAAGAGAGAGGACUCUACGAAGUCCAAGAAACGCUCAAAGUCCAAGUCUAAGAGCGCGCAACCGGCCUCUGACAAUGAAGACGAAGAAGAAAACACCCAUCCCAACUCAGAAUCUCCCUCCACAACCUCCAACAGCGACUGGACAGACCUUCAGUCCUAUAUAGAAAUCCUCAGCGAAGGUCCCCUCCAUCCCUUAAAUUUCGAUCCCUCGCAGCCCAAACCGGAUGAGGAGAAGGGCAUCAUCCCGAUGCCCCACGGCCCCGACGGUCUGCGCUAUCACCUGUUGGACAUCUACGUCGACGAGCUGGAAAAGGCUCUUGAGUUUGACACGGAAUCUGGAAAGCCUGUGGGCGAGGUCCCCGCUGAGAUUCUGAUGGCGCCGAUUGAAAGGUUGAAGGCUGAGAGCCCGCACAAACCGGUCAGGGUAAGGGCUGCGGAGACGCUGGCUGAUGAGAGAAUGGUUACUUGGGGCCUUAGGGAGAAGGAGAAGAAGGAGGAAAAUGAGGAGGAGAGUAGUGGGGAGGAAUGGGGUGGGUUUGGGGAUGAUUAAUUCAUUCAAUUAGAGCCAGUCAUUCGACUUAGAUCAUGUGUAUGUGUCUAUGUAUUUAUAUCCUUUGUUAAAAGCAGUCAUUU